AGCUCGGGACGCGGCGGAGCGGGAGGAGGCUUUCAGGAGGUGGUGGGAAGGCGGCGGAGCUCGGGCCGGCUGUCCCUGGGCACCGGGCGGGCCGCCCGCAGCGCAUGGCCGCGGGGCGCUGAGCUCCGAGCUCCGGGCCGGGACCUCCGCGGGCAGGAAGAUGCGGCUGAGCGUCUACUUCACGUGGGGCUGCAGCAUCGUCCUCGCCGCGGGAUACAACGCCUUCGGGAAGGGCGCGGAGCCGGCGGGCAAGAAGCAGUACCAGGUCCAGCACGGGCCGUGCAGCUACACCUUCCUGCUGCCCGAGGCCGACAGCUGCCGGCCGCCCUACGUGCCCAACGCCGUGCAGCGCGACGCGCCGCUUGACUACGACGACUCCGUGCAGAGGCUGCAGCUGCUGGAGAACAUCAUGGAGAACAACACCCAGUGGCUCUUGAAGCUUGAGAAUUACAUCCAAGACAGUAUGAAGAAAGAAAUGGUAGAGAUCCAGCAAACUGCAGUGCAGAACCAGACUGCAGUAAUGAUUGAAAUAGGCACAAACUUACUAAAUCAAACAGCUGAGCAGACCCGCAAAUUAACAGAUGUUGAAGCACAAGUACUAAAUCAGACAACCAGACUUGAACUUCAGCUUUUGGAACAUUCCCUUUCAACAAAUAAACUAGAAAGACAGAUUUCUGUUCAGACCAACGAGAUAACUAAAUUACAAGAAAAAAACAGCUUUCUAGAAAAAAGAGUUCUUGAAAUGGAAGACAAGCACACACUUCAGCUGAAGUCAAUAAAAGAUGAAAAAGAUCAGCUUCAAGUCCUAGUAGCCAGACAGAAUUCCAUUAUAGAAGAACUAGAAAAGCAGUUAGUUACAGCUACAGUAAACAACUCUGUUCUGCAAAAACAGCAACACGACUUGAUGGAGACUGUUCAUAACUUACUUACUAUGAUAUCUACACCAAACUCUAAGAACAACUUCAUAGCUAAAGAGGAGCAAAUCAGCUUCAAAGACUGUGCUGAAGCUUUCAAAUCUGGACUCACAACAAGUGGAAUCUACACCUUAACAUUUCCUAACUCUGCACAGGAAAAGAAGGCCUACUGUGACAUGGAAAGCAGUGGAGGAGGUUGGACAGUUCUUCAGAGACGUGAAGAUGGCAGUGUGGAUUUUCACCGGACAUGGAAAGAGUACAAGAUAGGAUUUGGUGAUCCUGCUGGGGAGUACUGGCUAGGAAAUGAGUUUGUUUCUCAACUGACUAAUCAGAAGCGCUACGUUCUUAAAAUAAUCCUGAAAGACUGGGAAGGAAAUGAAGCGUAUACUUUGUAUGACCAAUUCUAUUUAGCAAAUGAAGAACAAAAAUACAGGAUCCACCUUAAAGGACUUACUGGGACAGCAGGCAAAAUAAGUAGUAUAAGCCAACCAGGAAAUGAUUUUAGCACAAAGGAUGCAGACAAUGACAAAUGUAUUUGCAAAUGUUCACAAAUGCUAACAGGAGGGUGGUGGUUUGAUGCAUGUGGUCCUUCUAACCUCAAUGGAAUGUAUUAUCCAUUACGACAGAACAACAACAAGUUCAAUGGUAUCAAGUGGUACUACUGGAAAGGCUCAGGAUAUUCUCUCAAAGCCACAACUAUGAUGAUUCGACCAGCAGAUUUCUAAAUGCAUUUGCAUUCUUAUGUGAAUUAUGUAUUUUAUAGUCUUCAAAGACUUUACUUGCCAAGCAUAUAAACACACCUGCAACUUGUCUCAUUUUCAAGCCCAGAAAACAUGCACUAGUGUUCUGAAGAGAUCAGCUCAUUCCAAUCCUUGAAUUGCAAUAGUCUUGAUCAGUUAAAGCUCGCAUUGUUCAACUAGACACAAAGUCUAAGGCAUCAACCCGAUAUAACAGUGAUUUGGCCAAAUGACUAACUAAAAAGAAUAUCCAAGAAACUGUCAGACAACUGAAGGACUGUGUUUUACUGAUCAUUUAUAUUAAGUAUGUGUUAGUAAAUAACUGGAACUGUGAAAAAAAUAUCUAAAAUAGUUUUAGAGAUACGCAUUUUGCCUCAUCACUGAACUUCAAACAUUACUCUAAUAUAAAACUUACCUAGAUCUAGAACUAUUUAUCUCUGAGUAUGUUUGCUGUUUAUGUACAUAAAAAUAUAUCAUCCUGUAAUUAGCUUAAUAUAGUACUUAAUACAUUCUUUCCCCCAUAGCCUCUUAAACAACUUCUUACACUUGUUCAGGGAUUUUUUCCAAUAGUUUCUAUUACUUUAUUUAACAGAGGACUUUGCAUUUAAUCUUGGAAAAUGCCGUGUAAAAAAAUCACAAUUUUUUUUCAGUUUGUGUUUAUUGAUCACUAUCUUUAAUUUACAAAAAUCCCUGCAAGUUAUAAUAUAGUCUGAGUUUCUUUACAUUGUUCUGAUGAUUGCACUUUUUUUAUUUCCUUAUCAACUACCUGUAAAAUAACUGACCAGUAUUUUAUAAAUGGAAAUAAUAACAUUAGCACUAGAUGCCUGGUUGUCUAUCAUGAUCAGUUAUCAUGUGGUACCAUGGUCCGUCUAAACAUUUCAUAAAAACAAUCAAAAAACCAUGUUUAUGUUCUUUGAUGCAAUUCAGUUAUGCUUGUGUCUUAAGAAACAGAUUCCUACAUUUGAAAAAGAGGAAAAAAAUCUGAAGGUUAGCUAAGAACUUACUGUUGUUUUGCGUCCCCUCCUCUCACCCCUCCCCCCUCAAAAUUCUCCAUGGAGAGGUAGGCCCUCAGUGUAUGACACAAUGUGAAUAAAUUAAUCUACUGGGUAGUGUUUGCUUUUUUAUUGUUUGUUUGUUUAACUACAUUUCAUACUGGAAGUCAUUAAAACUGCCAUCAGAGUACUCUACCACUUGCAACACACCACCUUUCUUCUUCAUUGAAAAUGUAAACCUGCACUACUAAGGAGUAUCAGAGACACAAAAAUACUUCUAGUAUUACCUCAUGAACUGAUUUUAAAUAAAUUUAAUAAACGUAAAUUGACAGUCAUCA